UCUUUUACUGUCUGUUUACUUCAGCGGCAGCAGCAGAAAUUGUUUCUGCUCUGUGAAGAAAAACCGUAUCAGUGGAGUGAUUCAGAAUGAACCAAGACAUUAAGUACGACGGGUUGAGGAACCAAGGAGCAACAUGUCACCUGAACAGCAUUCUGCAGGUUCUGUUCAUGACCAGAGAGUUCAGAGAGGCUGUUAAGAGAUGUCCAAAAGAAAAUGAAGACAUUAAUGUUCAACUCAAUGCGUUGUUUGAAGAUGUAGGAAGAAACACUGCAGAAACCACAAAAGUUACAAAGAAGCUGCAAUUUGAAAACGUGUAUGAACAGCUGGAUGUUGGUCAGUACCUGGAGAAGAUUUUAUCUCUGGUCAGCGAUGAAGCGUCACAGAUAUUCAGAGGAGAGCUGGUUCACAGGACUGUUUGUGAUCAAUGUGACUCAGACACUGAAGACUUGGUGCCAUUUUGGUUUCUUUCUCUCCCUCUGAUGGAUUCUAGUGAUGGAAACUACAGUGUGGAAGACGCAAUUCGGGAGUUUUUAAAGGAUGUACGGUUUUAUGGAGAAGACCAGCUGUACUGUGAUAAAUGUGAAGACAAUCGUGACACUACUGUUAAAUAUGAACUAAAGCAUCAUCCCGAGAUUUUGAUUUUGCUGCUGAAGAGGUUCGAAUACAACUAUCAGUGCAUGUCAUACAGUAAAGACAAUCGUGCUGUGGAUGUUUGUCACACCAUCGACUUACCAGAGAACCAGACAUAUGAGCUGUAUGGGUUGGUGGAUCACUUUGGGACUCUGAGCGGAGGCCAUUACACAGCAACAAUCAAGCCUGAGGAUGAAGAAAACUGGUAUGAGUUCAGUGACUCCAGUGUGACACUGGUUAGUAACCAGAUGUUCCAGAAAAAGUUUGAGAGAUCCCGAAGUGCCCAUCUUCUGUUUUACAGAAAGAAAAGUGAGAUGCAAACAGACCAUACAAGGAUUUAUAAUGGGUCACAAGACGAUGACAAGAGUGAAAACGACGAUACGAGGAAAAUCACUUCAGACUCAGAAACCAGGAGACUUUUCAAGAUGAACGAUAAAACUAAGCGCUACAACCCGAGAGACUACAAUCCCACUAGUGGAUGAAGAGGAUCAGUUUGACUUUCUGUGUGAAGGGUUUGAUUCCCCAAGAGCCCGGAUGUCCUGCGGCCAUGUAGUGACCCCGACGUCCCUCACUAAGUGGUGCCAACA